AUGCCGUCCGAAUCUCGCAUCGAGAAUCCCUUCUUCCACCCCUUCCUCUUCAUCUUCCAGAUCUGGCAAUGGUUCGCUGAUAAGAUCUUUUCGCCCACGCCUCCGGAGCCGAGCACUCGCUUGAGCCGACCCAAAAUCGCCGUCAUCGGCGCUGGUAUCACUGGUGUUACUUCUGCUGCCCACUGCAUCGGUCAUGGCUUCGACGUCGUCAUCUUCGAGGCCGGCAGCCGCGAGAACCUGGGCGGCAUCUGGAGCAAAGUCAACAACUCGUCAAGUCUGCAAAUCCAUUCAAUGAUGUUCCGAUUCCAUCCCUCAGUCAAGUGGGAGCGCGGAUACCCGGACAGACAACAGAUUCUUAGCCAAGUGAAGCAGCUGUGGCACAAGUACGGCUUGGAAACCCGGACCAAGUUCAACACCCCGGUCGAAAAGGUCUACCAGGAUGAAAAGGGCAGAUGGGUCAUCAACAACACCGCCAAUGGUCACUUUGAAGGUAUCAUCGCCGCUGUUGGGACCUGCGGUGAACCCAAGAUGCCCCAACUCCCGGGUAUCGAGAACUUCAAGGGCCAUGUGUACCACUCCAGCCAGCUUACCGGAAAGAACGCCAAAGGCAAGAAGAUGGUCGUCAUCGGCGGCGGCGCCAGUGCGGUCGAGGCCUUGGAGUUCGCCGUGGAUGAGGAGGCCGAGAAGACGUACAUCCUAUCUCGCAGCGACAAGUGGAUCAUUCCCCGCAACCCGAUCGUGAACAUGCUCCUCGCCAUGAACAUUCUGGGCCAGGAAACCCGCCUUUCGUGGAUUCCCGAGACUCUGCUGCGAAAGCUCUUCUACCGAGAUCUGCAGGAGAUUGCGCCCCAUAACAAGGGCAUCUAUAUGGACACUCCGAUGGUCAACAGCCAAGUCAUGGACACUAUUCGAUCUGGUCAUGCCGAGUGGAUUCGCUGCGACAUUGAAGGCUUCACUGCAGAGGGUGUCAUUGUCAACAGACGCGCUCAAGGUGUUCCCAAGGGUGGCCCCGGCAGAAGACAGGUCGUCCCUGCAGAUAUCGUCGUCAUGGCCACUGGCUACAAGCGCCCCUCGCUGGACUUCCUUCCUGACGACUGCUUCGACGAGCCGUAUGCGCCCCCCAACUGGUACAUCCAGACUUUCCCACCGACCCAUCCCUCCAUCUCCGCUAUCAACUGCACGUACGUUGCUGCCAUCGGCACCGUCGGUAACUGGCAUAUCGGUAUCUACACCAGGAUUCUCCUCAUGUUCCUCAUUGAUCCGAUGACAAGACCGCACCCGUUCUGGAUGAAGGCCUGGAUUGAGAUGACCAAGCUCCUCAAGUCCGCCUCUCCUACCGGUGCCUUUGACUUCUUCACUUACCUCGAGCUUCUCUGGUGGUUCGCCUUCAGCGUCACCUUCAACCCGUUCCGAUGGAAGUGGGCCUUCUUUGUCUUCUUCGGCCUCGGCUUCAUGCUGCCCAAGCGAGUCGUCGAGGUCGAGAGCCGUAUCCGCAACGGAAUGGGCUUCCAGGACGAGGUCGGCCGCGAUGUGGGACACAGUAUUUGA